UCAUUACUUCUUUUGGCAACAUGGCGGGUGGAAGCGGGGGGCCACAAGCAAUCGACCUGAUGCAAUUGGCGCUUCCUCAGCUGAAUAUGCUGAAGGAGGAGAUCGAACAGGAGGUAGAGAUGUUGCAGGGAUCCCUCCAGCAGCUGAAGAUGGCGCAAGGACGCUUUGUGGAGUCCACUGAAAGUCUGAGCAAGUUUGAUCCCAAAUCAGAGGGAAAAGAAAUUCUGGUACCGCUUACAGCAUCUCUUUAUAUUCCUGGCAAGCUGAAAGACGUCAAUAAUGUUCUAAUUGAUAUAGGCACCGGCUACUAUGUAGAGAAGACGUUACCCCAAGCCCAGGAGUACUUCAAGAGGAAGGUGGACUUUGUCACCAAGCAAAUGGAGCGGGUACAGCCAGUAUUGAUAGAGAAAUCAAAGAUGAGACAAGUUGUAACCGAGGUCAUGAACAUGAAGAUUCAAGCGCAGAUGUCCAUGACACAAGGUCAAGGGGUCAAGUCGUAGCAACCUUUGGUCUUACCGUACUGUUCAGCCGUAUUUUACUUUUUUGCGAGCAUUGGACGUCAGCAAGCAGCUUUGAGCCCCGGUUGUCUUGCCUUUGUCUGGUCAUUUUGCUCAUUCCUUGAGAGACCAGAGCAAGCUUUGGUGUGACAAUCAUUCAUCCAAAAGUCAUAAUUCCUCAUGUUUUUAGUCUUGCAGUUCCUGCUCUUACCUGGCCCUGACAAGCCUAAAUUUGAUUUAGGAUUGGCACCUGAAGCAGCUGUUGGAAAUCAGCUGUUUGGCACAAACAUCAGAUGCGGAACUGUUUCACCUUGUGUCAGGCAAUUUCUGCUGUUUUGUUUCUGUAAUAGGGAUAUAAUCAACUUGAAGCAAAGAACAGGUUGUGUACCUAGUGGUGUUAUAUGUGACUAUCAGUACAGUGAAGAGGUAAAGAGUGAGACAGUAUUUGGAAAGGAAAGUGUUAACAAAAUGAUGUAAAUAAAAACUUCUUGAUUAAGGCCGUUUUCCAAAAUGGAAAAGUCACAGACUGUCCGCUAACUUUUCAGCACUAGAUAAAAAUGUGAAAUAUUUCAAAAUAAAAUAUGAACACAAAGCUUGUAGAAACCGGAAAAAAAUACAUCCACAAAAUUGGACCGACUAGGAGGAUGAGAUUGCAGAAAAAAGGGGGUUCUAGUCGGACUUGGUGAUGUCUUGAGUAUGUUACCUUUUGGUAAACAUGCACCUGUUAAUAAAAGUGGUGCAGUGGAGGAAUGAAUAUAGGGGCGGAGCUAGGUCAUUUAGGAGCUUGUUCACUCCUCGCCAGAAGUCCCUUGAAACGGCAUGACGUUUUCAAGCCCAGGAGGUUCAGAGAAAGAGAAGGGAAGAAAAAUGAAAGUAGAAGAGAUUCCGUUUUUGUGAACACUGGAAUGAGAUGAUUUUGUGAAGAUUGGCACUGUCCCUGUCCAAAUUUCUCUACUAAAUCGUACAGGUGUGGUUAUUGUUUGUACAUUAAUUUUGACUGUGCGUUUGUAUUUUGCAACAAUAAAAUGUAAAAGUGACACAA